AUGGCAGAUAUUAUAUACAUAUGGGGCAGAGGGCCGGGCUCUAUAGGUAUGGCACCGGGACUCGAGUUGCCACAGUUCAAAGUGGUCGGCCAUAAACAAUCAACAAAGUUGGAAGUGUUAAGCACUGGCAACUACUCGCGGCUGGUGUGCGAGAUCCAAUUCGUGCGCUCCAUGGGCUACUACCUGAUCCAAAUCUACAUACCAGCCUCGCUGAUCGUCAUCAUAUCAUGGGUCUCAUUUUGGCUGCACCGGAACGCCACGCCGGCCCGGGUGGCCCUGGGGGUGACCACCGUGCUCACGAUGACCACGCUCAUGUCGUCCACCAAUGCCGCGUUGCCAAAAAUCUCCUACAUCAAAUCGAUCGACGUGUUCCUGGGCACGUGCUUCGUCAUGGUGUUCGCCUCCCUACUAGAGUACGCCACCGUGGGCUACCUGGGCAAGCGGAUAGCCAUGCGCAAGACCAGGACCCAGCAACUGGCCAAGCUGGCCCAGGAGCAUAGGAACAGGUGCGCGGCGGCAGCGGCCGCGGCUGCCGCCGCCGAGUCCGGUGCUGUGUUGCUCAGUAGCGGGGGUGGGGGCGGCGAUCAGUCACCCUGUUUGGGUAGUGCGGCGGUCGGACCCGUCCUAUGUCCAGCCUCGAUGGACUCGACCCUCAAGCGACACAUGGGUGUGCAGCCUAUACCG